GCUUCUUCUUCAUUCCCUCCUCUUCUUCUUCCAGUACUCACUGGACCCAGCACCUGCUGCAGCCAUGACCCUGGGUGUCCUGUGGCUGGUCCUCACUCUGCUUGGGGUCCUGCAGACCCAAGCCCAGGACUCAACAUUGAACUUGAUCCCUUCCCCAUCUUUGCGGAAGGUCCCCCUGCAGUCUGACUUCCAGCCUGCUCAGUUCCAGGGAAGAUGGUACGUCGUAGGCCUGGCAGGCAAUGCGGUUCACAAAGCAGAUGAAGGCCGCUUUCUGAUGUACAGCACCACCUAUGACCUGAAAGAAGACGGCAGCUACAACGUCACCUCCAUCCUGUUCAGGGACCAGCGCUGUGACUACUGGAUCAGAACUUUCAUCCCAAAGUCCCGGCCUGGCCAGUUCAGCCUGGGCAACAUUCGAAGUUAUCCUGAAAUAAAGAGUUACACAGUGCGGGUGACAGCCACUGACUACAACCAGUUUGCCAUGGUGUUCUUCAGAAAGACUUCUGGAAACAAACAAUAUUUCAAAGUCACUCUUUAUGGAAGAACCAAGGAACUGCCCCCUGAAGUGAAAGAACGCUUCGUCAGCUUUGCCAAAUCUCUGGGCCUCACAGAUGACCACAUCAUCUUUUCUGUCCCCAUUGACCAAUGCAUCGACAACUGAAGGCAGUGUAUCCUGUCUCUCCUUCCCUGUCUUUUCUGUUGCUUCUGCCCAGGGAGCCACCCGUCUACUCCACAAUACCCAUGAGAGCCUGGGAUUUUUCUGCGCUGCCUACCCACCUUCCCCAAAGCUGCCCUGAUAAAGGAGUCCCCUUGUCUGCUAAAUAAAUACAUUUUCUCAGCUUCCUGA